UAAAAAAAGGAAAAGACAAGCAGUGGAUUGGAAGUGGAGGAGCAGCCGGCAGUUACCGAAUCCACAACCUUGCAGCUAAUUUUUGCUCUGCUCAUAAAACUACUGCUUUCGCGCUCAAAGAAAACCCUAGAAUCUUCCCCUGAAUCCCCAUCGAGGCCCUAAAUUCCCGAAAACAGAAGCCAAUUGCUUCUCUAGGAAGAAGCGGCUAAUUUGAUGGUUCGCAAAAACCCUAAUUAAAUAUCUGGGGGGAGGGGUGAAAAGUUACCAUGGACGCCAAGGACAUCCUUGGACUGCCGAAAACUCCGUUGCCAAUAACCCAAGAGAAGAAACCACGUCCCCAGAAAGAUUCCCAGAGAAAACCCGAUGGCAUUUCUCGCGAGGUUUAUGCCCUUACGGGAGGGUUGGCUCCGCUUAUGCCUUCAAUUGACGCCUCCCAAUUGAAACGACGCCCACCAUCGGAUGAGAAGAUCACAUGGCAGUGGCUUCCUUUCACAAGCUCUGCACGAAAGGAUAAUUUGCAACUUUACCACUGGGUGCGAGUCGUAAAUGGUGUUCCACCGACAGGUGAUUAUUCCUUUGCAAAGUAUAAUAAGUCUGUUGAUGUUAUCAAAUACACAGAUGAGGAGUAUGAAAAGUAUUUAACUGAUCCUAUGUGGACUAAGGAAGAGACAGACCAACUGUUUGACUUAUGCGAACGGUUUGAUCUCCGCUUCAUUGUUAUAGCUGACAGGUUCCCGACAUUCCGGACUGUGGAGGAAUUGAAGGAUCGCUAUUAUAGUGUGUCUCGAGCCAUACUGAUUGCUAGGGCUCCAUCUCCUGGAGAAGUUGCAGGGCAUCCUCUUGUUAAGGAACCCUACAAUGUUUCUCAAGAGACGGAACGCAAACGUGCUUUAUCGAUGGUCCUUUCUCAAACAAAGCAGCAAGAGCGGAAAGAUGCCGAGGUUCUUGCCGAAGCGAAAAGAAUAGCUGAGUCACGCAUGGCUGCACAGGGUGCUGAAGAACCUGAUUUGCCAGUCACAUCAGAUAUUGUUCCUGAAAGUGUUGAGAGGGCUAUUGGUCAUGGAGAUACUAUAUCUCCAUCCAGUGUUCAAGUUCCGUCUGCAGCUGUUGCACCUUCUACUUCAAUAAUGGCUGAUAAUGCCUCUACUCUUACUUCCUUGCGCAUGCUUCGAGUAUAUUUGAGAACAUAUGCACUUGAGCAAAUGGUCCAAGCUGCAAGCUCAUCUGCUGGACUUCGGACCAUCAAGCGGGUUGAGCAAACCUUACAAGAUCUUGGGGUUAAUUUGAAACCAAAGGUGCCAACAAAGGCUGUUUGUGCUGAGCAUCUAGAAUUAAGAAAAGAAAUUCUAACUUUGCUGAAUCUGCAGAAACAGUUGCAAUACAAGGAGGCAGAGGGUUCAUCUUUCCGUGAUGGUUCCUAUGGUGAUAUGCCAGGCACACCUAAGCGAUCACAUCGUGCUGUGGAUCAGGAUCGAACAUUUGUUCCUGACGCCAUUAGUUUUGGAGGUGAAAGGGCUGGCAAAAGGGAGCAGAAACGCAAGGGACCUGGAAGAGUAUCUGAGACUCCAUCUUCACCAGCUCACAAACGGCCAAGAAAGAUGAAAGCUUCAGAUCUAUAAUAAAGGGUGAGCAAGCAAAUUAACCUCAUAUAAGGAUUUCAGGGGCAGACUCGCGGCAGCUCCAUUAUGAAUCUGCCAAGUACAUCAGAAGCAGAUUUUGAAGCUCCAUGUUUUGACUACUAAACUUAUUUUCUUAACCAAAUCCAAGCUUUUUUUCUCACAAGUAGGAAAAACUCAACAUCUUUUUGAAUGAUAUGCAUAAAGCAUCAGAAUUCAAAAACUGACAUAUUUUACUGAUUUCCUUAGCUGGGAAUUGGACGUUUGGUUUUGUCAAAUUUUCUGGUAGGCGAGGUGCUAAAUUGCUUUGUAAUUUUACGUUUAUCUUGACCCUUGUAAAUAUAUUUCUGUUUGUGGUGAGGAACUAUUACUUACCUUUCACU